AUGACUACUCGGUCUCCCAACCCCGUCGCCCUAGUCGUGGGCGCCUCUCGAGGCAUUGGCCGCCAGAUUGCUAUCGACCUUGCGAAGAACGGAUACACCGUAAUCAUAGCCGCCAAAUCUGCCACCUCGCCAGAUCCCACAGCACCCUUCCCACCAGACCCUAACUCCCCCGCCUCCACCAUCCACACCGUCGCCCGCGAAAUCACCCUCGCUGGCGGCACCGCCCACCCCGUCCAAGUCGAUGUGCGCGAUCCCAGCCAGAUCGAUAACCUGGUAAACGAGACUGUACGGAUUAGCGGUGGUCGGCUGGAUGUCCUGGUCUACAAUUCUGGUGCGAUAUGGUGGUCGUCUGUUGCCAAUACGCCUCUCAAGAGGUUCCAGCUGAUGCAGCGGGUUAAUCCGGAGGGUCUGUAUGCGACAAUCAUGGCGGCGUUGCCGGUAUUUGAGAAGAACGGGUGGAAGGGGAGAAUUGUGGUGGUCUCGCCGCCGAUUUAUUCGAGGUUUUUCAGGGGAAAGACGGCUUAUGCUAUGGGCAAGGUCGGGAUGAGUGUACUCACUCGUGGCUUGGCUAUGGAUUGGGUGAGAGAGGGCAAGUCGGAUAUGGCUAUUACUAGUAUUUGGCCUGCUGCGGCUGUUGAAAGCGCAGCAACGGAGAUGAAUCCUGCAAACAAUGGCGAUUCGCGAAAGGCUGAUUUGAGGAAGCCGACGAUCUUCUCCGACGCAAUCCUCGGGAUCUUGAACACACCAGCACACGUCGUGAACGGACUUCUAGCCCUCGAUGAGGACUUCUUGCGUGAUUACUGCGGGGUGACCGACUUCUCCAAGUACUCCGUCAUCCCCGGAAGCAAUCCAAGACGCAUGAUGCCGAAGGAGAUGCCCGUGCUAGAAGUCGCGGAGCAGGACGACGAGGGAGUGAGGAUGGACAGUAGCAAAGGGAAGGGAGAAGCGAAGCUGUAA